AUGGAUCAACUUUCCGAAGCAGUACAAACAACCACCACUAAUAAUGCUCCAACUGGAGAGAAUACGCUCGGAGCGAAUUUUAAUGAUGCCAACCAAGAUACCAAUAUAACGGGUAACAAUGGCAAUUACAACCCAAAUAGUAACACAAAUUCGAAUCUGGAUGCAAACUUGAGUACCAAUGUUAACUCUAAUGUAACUUCCAAUCCAGACGUCAACUUAAAUGCAGAAAAUUCAGCCCAAAAAUUCCUUAAUCACAGUAAUUCGACGAUUGAAGGUACUGUAACUUUAGAAGAACAACGUCAAUAUAAAGUUCAACUAUUGUUACACAUUAAUAGUGUCUUAAUACUACGAGUUAUGCACAUGAGGAAUUCGUUAACUGGUAAUACCAGUGUAAAUCAAGCUCAAUUGCAGGAAGUUUAUCAAGCCUUCUUGUCGCAAUAUUUGAAAAGAGUCCAUGCAAAUUUACAAUGUAUAUCACAAAUUAAUCAAGGUAUUCAAAAGAAUAAACCUGCUAUUUCUGAUUCUCCACCUGUAACCAGUACUCAACAAGGUGCACAUGAUGUAUUGGUUAAAUUAUAUUUAUUAAUGAAUAGAGUCUUCGAAAUAUGGUAA